AUGGUAUCAACAUGCCGGGGUCUGCUCUUACUGCCUGUCCUCGCUCUUUUGAUCAGUUGUGCGCACACGCAAGUCGGCAUAGCCACUCCUGAUUUGGGCAAUGUGACCAAGACCAUUUACCGGCUACUUACUGGCUACGAUAUUCGCCUGCGACCGAAUUUUGGAGGACAGCCGCUCUACGUGGGGAUGGAGCUGAACAUUGCCAGCUUCGACUCCAUAUCGGAAGUGAACAUGGAUUACACCAUCACCAUGUACCUGAACCAGUACUGGAAGGACGAGCGGCUCUCGUUCAGCAGCACAGACGACGUGUUGACGCUCUCCGGUGACUUCGCCGAGAAGAUUUGGGUGCCAGACACGUACUUCGUCAAUGAUAAAAACAGCUACCUGCACGAUGUGACGGAGAAAAACAAGAUGGUGCGUCUCCAUGGCGACGGGAGUAUCACAUACGGGAUGCGCUUCACGACGACGCUGGCCUGUAUGAUGGACCUGCACAACUACCCGCUGGACAAACAAAACUGCACCGUGGAGAUCGAGAGCUACGGCUACACGGUGAAGGACGUCGUCAUGUACUGGAAGGAGACUCCCGUGGUCGGAGUGGAGGAGGCUAAACUACCUCAGUUCACUGUCCUCGGUUACGCCACUACCGACCGCACCGAGCGGCUGGCCACCGGCGUCUACCAGCGGCUGUCGCUCUCCUUCAGCCUGCAGAGGAACAUCGGCUACUUCAUCUUCCAGACCUACCUGCCGUCCAUCCUGAUUGUGAUGCUCUCCUGGGUGUCGUUCUGGAUCAACCACGAGGCGACCAGCGCCCGCGUGGCGCUCGGCAUCACUACGGUUCUGACAAUGACCACCAUCAGCACGGGUGUGCGCUCCUCACUGCCGCGCAUCUCCUACGUCAAGGCCAUCGACAUCUACCUGGUCAUGUGCUUCGUGUUCGUGUUCGCCGCCCUCCUCGAGUACGCCGCCGUCAACUACACCUACUGGGGCGCACGGGCAAAGAAGAAAAACUCACAAAAAUCCCGAGAUGUCAGCGAUGGAGCGGAGGCCAACAGCCGAGUGUCGAACUGCGCCGGCGAAGGUGACAGCCGAGAGAUCGAAUGCGUCUCUGGGGAGUCACCGAACCAGGCCGAUGGUGGCGGUAUCGACCUGGGCACGGUGCGACCUUUAGGUCCUCUGAGGCGCAGGGCCGGCGCGGCGGCGGCGGAGGGCCGACCGUCGGCCGGGCCGGGGACGGGAGCGGCACGAGGUCGCCGGAGGGUACUCAGUUCACUUCGUCGUGGAGCAUCAGCCCUGAGCCGCUCGCUGCCCAGGGUACACGAUGUAAACAGCAUUGACAAGUAUUCACGACUGGUGUUUCCCGUUUCUUUUGUGCUGUUUAAUGCCACGUACUGGGGCUUCUAUAUACUUUAAUUGUGAGGAGUGAGCGGUGGUCUGGAAACUUGAGAAACGUUUACUUGGGUUAUUUAAAGUGGAGGGGACAUUUUCAUUGCGUUACAUCUAGGCUCGCUAACCCUCACUAAAGGUUCCCUGGUUAUCUAAACGGCUUAUCGUUACACCAGUGUUGGCAAAUUAUCCCCAAGCCAACGGUAUUGUCAAGCGAAAUGUGUCUAAUUCUAUACAGAUAAUUGUAACUUGUAUGUUAUAUUCGUACGUUGUAAUCGAUCAUCCAUCUAAGAACGUGAAAAUAAAAUCAUUUUGCCG